GGAUUUCUUAUGUUGAUAUAAUGUUGUUUCAUCAAUAGUUAUUGAAUAAAUUGCGUGAUGGGCGAAGAGGAAGAUGAAAAGCCACCCAGGCCUUCUACAUCAAUUUCACUCACCCAGGGAUAUUAUGGAACUGUAAAUCCAUAUAACCUGCCAUACAUGAUGCCUCCAAAUCCAUAUCUAUAUCCACAUCCAAAUCUAUAUGCUUGGGGUAGUCAGCUUCUGGCACCGCCACCCUUUGGACCAACCAUGCCAUCCCCUUUGUCAAGUAAUCCGGAGGAGUUGAGACGAGGAGAAGAUACAACUCAGCAUUCGGCGAUCCCACCAUGUGUGCCAACUAUGCCAUCCAAUUUUGUAGCUGAAAAGAAUUUAGAAGAAACUUCAUCCGACAUAAAUAUAGAGCCAGAUGCGGAGGGGAUGAAUGAAGUUUCAGAUGAUGAUAAUAGAGUUGAGCCUCCAAAAUCUGGUAUGCACUUUGCUACUGAUAAAGAGGUUUUAGACUAUUACAAACGAUACGCCAAACAAGAGGGUUUUUGUGUUAUCAUAAGAAGAACGAAGAGAGAUCUUGAUGGGGUGCGAAGUAUGUGACGAUUGGCUGUGCACGUGGCGGCAAGUAUUAUCCUAGCCACAGUAAUUUGUCACAGCCACGAGCAACGACAAAGACUAAUUGUAAGGCAAAGAUAAAUGCUCGUUUUGUGAAUGGGGUAUGGGUGUUGACCAGUGUUGAUCUUGUUCACAAUCACAGUACGGUUAGCCCACAAAAAUCUAGAUUUUUUAGAUCUCACAAACAUUUGGAUGAAUAUAGUCAGAGAAUGCUCGAUUUGAAUGACAGAGCGAGUAUUCGGAUGAAUAAAAAUUUCCAAGCACUUGUGACUGAUGCGGGGGGUUUUGAGAAUUUAGCUUUUCAAGAGAAAGAUUGUAGGAAUUUUAUUGACAAAGCUAGAUAUUUAAGAAUGGGUAAAGGAGGUGGUGAAGCAUUAAACAACUACUUUAAGAGAAUGA